CGUAAAAUUGUAACUAGAAAUAAUAAGUAUAAUUAAAACAGUUCUCUUUACGUAUGGUUUGGAUAUGUGGUGGUUAGUGUUUUUAUUAUUCGGUUGUGUGUACGCCGAGGGGGACUUUAGAACUGUGGAAUUAGAACAGGGAUUUGUUAGGGGUGAGAAAUAUUGGGAUGGUGAUUACUAUGAGUUUUACGGUGUACCGUAUGCAACAGCUCCGAAAGGACGUGACAAAUACAAGGGUCCGUUACCGGUAGAGCCAUGGCAGGGAGUUUUCGAUGCAAAAGUACGAAACACAGUUUGUUAUCAAACGUAUUAUACUGGAGAGGAAGAUGACGAAACUAUUUUAUCGGGAGACGAAGAUUGUCUUGUUAUAAAUCUUUUAGUACCAAAAGUAGCCACAGAAGAAAAUUUAGUACCAGUAAUGGUAUAUAUCCAUAGUGGAGCAUUUUCCGGUGGCAAUGGAAAUAUGGCUAAAUUUCAAUAUCUAGCCAGACAUGAUAUUAUAGUUAUUAGCUUUAACUAUAGAUUAGGGGCAUUAGGUUUCGCUUGUCUUGGAAAUGAAAUAAUACCUGGUAAUGCUGGAAUGAAAGAUCAAGUAGCAGCAUUAAAAUGGAUAAAUAAAAACGUAAUCAAAUUCGGUGGUGAUCCAACAAAAGUCACUCUUGCUGGAUUCAGUGUUGGAGCAUCUAUGGCUGAAUUACUUACGUAUACUAAAUCAACUGAAGGUUUAAUAGAUAAACUUAUAUUAGAAAGUGGAUCAGUAUUAUCUCCUUUUACUAUAAAUAGAGAUCCAAUCAGUACUGCGACAAAUAUCGCUAUAUCCAUGGGUUAUAAUGGUACGGGAGAAUUAGAUGAUUUAACGGAAUUUUAUCUUAACGCAACUCCUGAAGUACUCGUGUCUAAGAGUUUAAAUUUCUUUUUACCAAAUAGUACAUUCGGAUUUUCACCAUGUAUAGAAAACGUUCAUGAAGGGAUCGAACCAUUCCUAACAGAAUCACCAACAGAUAUACUAAAGAAAGGAGAAAAUCAGAAACUUCCUGUACUAACAGGUUUUGCUAAUAUGGAAGGUAUAAGUAGAUUAAUACAAUUCGGUAAAUGGCGAACACCGAUGACUGAGAAUUUCUCAGAAUUUUUACCAGUCGAUUUAAAGUUUUCUGAUGAAAAAUUAAAAGAAGAGGUAGCUAAGGAGAUAAAGCAACAUUACUUUAAAGAUGAAGAAGUAAACUUAGAGAACAUACAGAGUUACGUUGAUUAUUUCUCUGAUUCAAUGUUCAAAUAUUCGAUAAUGAAGUCAGCAAAACAUCAUGCAGCGACAUCUAAUAAGCCUACUUAUUUAUAUGAGUUUACAUAUGUUGGUAAAAUGAAUAUUAAACACAAUUAUAUGGAUAGAAUACAUGGAGCAAGUCACAGAGACCAAACUGCUUACUUGUUGGAUUUCUUCACAUGGUCUAACACUUACAAAGACUUGGAUAUUAGAGAUCGUAUGACAUUAAUGUGGACUGAUUUCGUUAAAUAUGGAGAUCCAACUGCCUAUGAGAGCAAUUUGAUCAACUUCAAAUGGCGACCGUUUACAAACAAAAAAGCAAUCUACUUGCAAAUUGACAAAGUAUUAACUAUGAAGAGAAAUUUGUUCCAAGAGGAAUAUCAGUUUUGGGAUAAGAUUUAUGAAAAGUAUUAUUGGAAUCCAGAACCACCUAAGAAAGUUGAAAUUAAAAAGCAUGAAAUGAAGGUAUUGCAGCAGGAAAAUGAAAAUAAACAAGUGAAAAAUGAAAAUAAACAAGUGAAAAAUGAGAAUAAAGAUGACAAAAUUGAACAAAUGAAAUCAAAACCAUAA